AGAAAGAAUAGAUGGAAGCCUCACAGAGUAAAAGUACUUACAAAGAUAUCGAUGUGAUUAACGAGGAAACAGAAAGCUUUGAUCCAUUAGAACGUCCCACGUCUGCGAGGAAGAGGUCUGCAAAUACCGGAAGAGAGGUUUUUGAACUGCUAGAACAUCAACGUGGGCCUGAAUCACACGAUGAAACGCCCGGCGAAUCCAUCACAAGAGUGCAGAGCUUUGAAGAACGUCAAUUGAAGAAAAAUGGAUGGUGGGAUCUAUGGGGGUAUGAAGAAUUCGGAAGUGAAUUGUUGGAGAACAACGGGGCAGUUGCAAGAGACCAUAUGGCAAAUGAAAGAACCUUUCUCUCAUGGAUCAGAACGUCAAUGGCAAUGGCCACAGCAGGUGUCGGCGUGACCCAAUUGUUCAAACUUGUCAAGAGCAACUCAGAGACGGACAUUGUCGCUAAACUAGGACGGCCCGUAGGUGCGUGUCUUGUACUUAUAGGGGUUAUAUGUGUACUCAUGGGAACACAUAGGUUCUUUAGAACACAGUACCUACUCAAGGAGAAUAGAUAUCCACCUGCAAAGCUCACGGUGUAUAUCUUGGUCUUUCUGGUGUUUAGUCUCUCUGUUGUAACAUUGGUGGCUGUGAUCAUGGCAAAGAACGAAUAGUCGGAAUAAACUUAAUAUCAAU